AUGGCCGGCACGGACGGCGGCGGCGGCGGCGGCAGCGGAGACCUGAAGACGGCCCGCCUGUGGCGGGAGGCCGCCCUGCGAGCGCGCAAGCUGCGGGGCAACCUGCGGCAGCUGAGCCUGAGCGGGGCCGCGGCCGCCGCCUCCUCCGCCCCGGGCCCUGGCCCCCGAACGCCCAGCCCCACGCCGGCCCAGCAGCCGCCGCCGCUGGUGCUGCCCCCCGACCUCGCCGACGUGGAGGUGCUCAACCUGGGUAACAAUGCCCUGGACGAGCUGCCCGCCGGCCUGGGCACCGCCCUGGGCAGCCUGCCCCUCCUGCGGGGUCUGGUCCUGCGCAGGAACCGCCUGCCCAAGCUGCCCCCGCUGCUGGGCCAGCUGGGCGCCCGCCUCACCGAGCUGGAUGUGAGCCACAACCGCCUGGGCGCCGUGGCCGCCGAGGUGCUGAGCGCCCUGCCCCAGCUGCGCAAACUCAACCUCAGCCACAACCAGCUGGCCGACCUGCCUGCCCAGCUGGGCGCCCUGGGCCACCUCGAGGAGCUGGACGUCAGCUACAACAGGCUUCUCCAGCUGCCCGACGCCCUGGGCCGCCUGCGAGCCCUACGCACCCUGGACCUGGACCAUAACCAGCUCUCCGCCUUUCCCCCUCAGCUCCUGCAGCUGGCCACCCUCGAGGAGCUGGAUGUGUCCAGCAACCGGCUGCGGGGCCUGCCUGAGGAAAUCGGGGCCCUGCGCGCUCUCAAGAUCCUCUGGCUUAGUGGGGCUGAACUUGGCACCUUGCCCCCUGGCUUCUGCCAGCUAGCCAGCCUGGAGAGCCUGAUGCUGGACAGUAACGGGCUGCAGGCCCUGCCUGUCCAGUUCAGUAAACUGCAGCAGCUGAGGAUGCUGAACCUCUCCUCCAACCGCUUCGAGGACUUCCCGGGGGCCCUGCUGCCUCUGGCCAGCCUGGAGGAACUCUACUUGAGCCGCAACCGGCUCACGGCAGUUCCGGCCCUGGUCUCGGGCCUGAGCAAGCUGCUCACGCUAUGGCUGGACAAUAACCGCAUUCGCUACCUGCCCGAUUCCAUCGUGGAGCUGACGGGCCUGGAGGAGCUGGUGCUUCAGGGGAACCAAAUCGCCGUGCUGCCCGACAAUUUUGGGCAGCUCUCUCGCGUGGGCCUGUGGAAGGUCAAGGACAACCCGCUGAUCCAGCCACCUUAUGAGGUCUGUAUGAAGGGCAUCCCCUACAUCGCGGCCUACCAGAAGGAGCUGGCCCACUCCCAGCCGGCCGUGCAGCCUCGUCUCAAGCUGCUGCUCUUAGGCCGCAAGGCCGCCGGCAAGACCUCCCUGCGCAGGUGCCUCACCGAGGGAGACCAGGAGGAGGGGACACGGGCAGGGAGGGGCCGAGAGAAGGGCCAUCCGGGCCUGGACCCUGGCCUCGGCCCAACCUCCAGCAAGGGCAUCGAAGUGACCAGCUGGACUGCCGAUGCUGCCCGGGGCUUACGCUUCAUCGUCUAUGACUUGGCUGGGGACCAGAGCUAUGAAGUCAUCCAGCCCUUCUUCCUCUCCCCGGGGGCCCUUUACGUCCUGGUGGUCAACCUGGCCACCUACGAGCCCUCCAGCUUCCCCUCUGCUGUGGGCUCCUUCCUGCACUGCGUGGGGGCCCGGGUGCCGCACGCCGUGGUCUGCAUCGUGGGCACCCACGCGGACCUGUGCGGAGAGCGGGAGCUGGAGGAAAAGUGCCUGGACAUUCACAGACAGAUAGCCCUGCAGGAGAAGCAGGACGCAGCGGGCUUGGGCCGCCUGGCCAGCGCCGUGGAUGAGGCCCUGGCUCGGGACUUCGAGCUGCGCUGCGCCAGCCCCCACGCGGCCUACUACGGCGUGUCCGACAAGAACUUGCGGAGGCGCAAGGCCCAGCUGCAGUACCUGCUGAAGCACCGGCCGCAGAUCCUGUCCCCGGUGCUGCCGGUGAGCUGCAGGGCCCCGGCGCAGCUGCAAAGGCUGCGGGCCAAGCUGCUGUCCGUGGCCGAGCACCGCGAGAUCUUCCCCAACCUGCAUCGCGUGCUGCCCCGCUCCUGGCACGUCCUGGAGGAGCUGCACUUCCAGCGGCCGCAGGCCGAGCGCCUGUGGCUCAGCUGGUGGGACUCGGCGCGCCUGGGCCUGCAGGCGGGCCUGACGGAGGACCGGCUGCAGAGCGCCCUCUCCUACCUUCACGAGAGCGGCAAGCUGCUCUAUUUCGAGGACAGCCCGGCCCUCAAGGAGCACGUCUUCCACAACCUGCCUCGCCUCAUCGACAUCCUCAACGUCUUCUUCCAGCGCGAUGCCAGCCUGCUGCUUCGAAAGCUGCUGCUCGGGGCCCAGGGCGAGCUGGGGAGCCAGGGGGACGGAGGAGGCGCUGCCCUGGCUGGGGAUGGUGACGCGGGCCAGGACCCUCUGCGGGCAGCCCAGCUCCACCACUACGUGGAGGGCUUCCUGUUGCACGGCCUGCUGCCCGCCCACGUCAUACGGCUGCUGCUGCGGCCGCACGUCCAGGCCCCCCAGGACCUGCAGCUGCUCCUGGAGCUGCUGGAGAAGAUGGGGCUCUGUUACUGCCUCAACAAGGCCAAGGGCAAGGCCCUGAACGGGGCCUCGGCCUCCUGGUACAAGUUCCCCUGCUAUGUGCAGAACGAGGUGCCGCCCGCCGAGGCCUGGAUCGACGGCUCUGGCAACGCGGCAGCCGCGGCCCUCGCAGGGCAGUCCUUCGUGGCCGAGCAGCUGCAGAUCCGGUACAGCUUUCCAGUGCUCUUCCCCCCGGGCCUGUUCGCGCGCUACAGCGUUCAGAUCAACCGGCACGUGGUGCAGCGCUCCGACGGCAAGUUGCAGAUCUUCGCCUACCGCGGGAAGGUGCCGGUGGUGGUGAGCUACAGGCCGGGCCGAGGCGCCCUCCAGCCCGACACCCUGUCCAUCGCCAGCCACGCCUCCCUGCCCAACAUCUGGACGGCGUGGCAGGCCAUCACCCCGCUGCUCGAGGAGCUGGACGCGCUGCUUCAGGAGUGGCCCGGCCUCUGCUACACAGUGCACAUCCUCUGCCCCAAGUGCCUUAAGAGAGGCUCCCCCAACCCGCACGCCUUCCCAGGGGAGUUGCUGAGUCAGCCCAGGCCAGAGGGGGUCGCUGAGAUCAUCUGCCCCAAGAACGGCAGCGAGCGAGUGAACGUGGCCUUGGUCUACCCCCCCACACCCACCGUGAUCAGUCCUUGUUCCAAGAAGAAUGUUGGCGAAAAGCACAGAAACCAGUAAUGGCAGGUGAGGCUGUGGGGUUUCCUGAAGAGGAAGACAGCCCUGAACCCACUUGGGCCGUCUUGGCUGGCAUCUAGGGGAUGGAGCCUGAGCUGGUCUCCCAGCAUGAACAGAUGUGUGGAAGGUACUUUCAGAGGAUGGAGCGGACAACCUGGAGCCUUUGGAAUGGAGCUGGGAGAAAGGGGAUUGGGGAGGGAGGUAGGGAGGGAGGAAGGAAGGAGAAAGACUAUGGAGCAAACAUUUUACAAUCUGAACCUCAGAACUGUGAUCUGCCAAGGAAGAGCUACUUGAAGAGGAAAGGGGGAAAGCUGAAGAA